AUGGCACGCACCGUCUUGUCCUGCCAGACACCGUCGACAGUAGCACAGCAGUUGUCUGAACUGCUUCAAUGCUUUCCUGCUGCGGCCAUUGGUGGCAUCCAGUGGAAGACACUCCUGAGCAAGUAUGAGGAGCGCUACAGCACCCGCCUGGACAUCUUUGGGCUUGGCCACACGUCGCCACUCGCCGCCACCACCACGCUUCUAUGGGACGUCCUACGCCUCGUAGACACCGAAGAUGGUGACAAUCCCAUCGUGGCUGUAGAGGACUCGGUGGCGCUUGUCCCGAAGCCCGGGAGUGCCGCCAGCUGGCCCUCGCUCUACCAGGUGCUUUGCAAUGUGCUUCGCGAGCAUGGCACGGUGCAAGAGGAAGACGGCCAGCAGGCGAUCCUGGUGUCGCAGCUGAAGCCCCUGCUGCAGCGCUACUGGCAUAGCACCUUCGACGAGGGAAGCCUUGGCUACCUGACGGAGGAAGGUUCCGCUGUGAAGAUGAAGAAGAUGAAGCAUCUUCUUCAGGCCUUGCUUCGAUGGCGUUCGCAGCGCCUGGCCUGGCAGUCUUAUGGCGGCCGCUCCGGCCGGAACAUGGAUGAGGCACUUUCACAAGAGCUGGAGCUCCUGCCCUCGAAGCGGCACAACGACCUGCUGCUGCGUUUCGCUGGCCCGGCCCCUGUGGCAGAGAAGCCGUGGGCAGCUCUGGGUCAAGUUCUGCCUUGCACAGGCGAGGAAGAGGAGGUGGGAGAUGCCUUGUCGCCGGAAGUGUCAACUGUGGCUUCGACGACCUCUUCAGCUGUGCAAGAGGAGCUGGCUGCUCUUCGGGCAGAGAACGAGAAGCUUCGGAGCAGGAACAGUGCGUUGGAGAAGAGCGCCCGGGACCAGGACAGCGUCCUAGAGGCGCAGCUGCCGGAGAACCUCUUCGACAACCCCUACGAACCGCCACCUCAGGUCUGGCACGGUGGGUGGAGUUCCGCUUCCUCUCCAACGGCCUCUACGGUGGCCCGAAGCACUUUCAGCGGCAGCGACGGCACGCCUAUGGGCUCUGGCUGCGUGACGCCCGUGCAGCUGGCGCCAGUGGGACAGGCGAUCACACUGGUGCCUAUGGGUUGGUUUGCGAUGGGUGACCGUGGGCUCAUUCCCUGCGGCCUUGUGCAGCAGGCUCGCGCCGUCUUCGAGCAACACACGGCCAUCCCGAAUUGGUUCAUGCAGCAGUGA